AUGGAUCCCAGCACCCAAAAUGCUCUCCAGGGCUGCGUGAGCUCACUGCGAUCGGGCAUGCAGCUGCUCGAAUCCAGCAUCAGUAUCCUCGACUCGGGAGUGAGCGAUUAUCCGCGUCUCGCGAAAGUGCUGCAAACCACUCGGCACUUUGAACUGGUCUCGGAGCACGAUCUCAUCACAGCCCAGUCAACACUCCUAUCCGAAAUCCAGCCCGAAGUCACCGCCCUGCUCACCCGCGUCGAGACAUAUCUAGACAAACUGGAGCGGCGCGAGAAGUCUCUCAUUGCCAAAGCAGACCUCCAAGAGGGACGUCUGUCACAUCCUGAACGCAGUCGAAGCCGGGAAACCAAAAGUCCUGCCAGGGGAGGUGCGGGUGGAGGCAGCAUGGAGGAGCUGAGGAUGCAGCAGUUGCGACAGAAGRAGGAGCGGUUGAGCUAUGCCGUCGGCAGACUAGAACUGCAGGCGAACCAGAGACAAAGGCAGCUUCGAAAGAGUAUGGCCGCGCAGUGA